CGGAGGGAGUAGGGUACUAGUAGUAUGUAUUACGGGAGUAAAAAAGAAGUGGAUCGGGUCGGGUCCCAAUCAGAACAAGUUUUAUUUUCCCUUUGAAAUCGAUCAGUACAUCGAGUAGAGAAGAUCACCACUCUAAUCACACUUCUGGGGCUCGGUGUAAUGUCUUCAGCUCAAGAUCCAUUUUAUAUUGUCAAAGAGGAAAUUCAAGAUUCUAUUGAGAAGCUGCAAUCUAGUUUUCACAAAUGGGAAGAUUUGAGAUUGGAUGGUGAUGAGCGUGCUCAUCUUACUAAAGAGAUUCUUGCGGGUUGCGAGAGUAUUCAGUGGCAGGUGGUUGAGUUGGAGAAAACAAUUUCUGUAGCAGCUAGGGAUCCUUCUUGGUAUGGACUCACUGAAGUUGAACUUGAAAAACGAAGGAGGUGGACCAGCACUGCUCGUACUCAGGUGAGCAAUGUUAAGAAUGCGGUAGUGGCAGGAAGGGACAACUUGAAUGCGAGUGCCACACGUCGUGAACUCAUGAGGCUUCCAGAUUCUAAUCAGUCAGAUAGAUCCAAUCAGUAUAUUGCUAGAAACAACGAUGAUUUCAUAUCAUCGGAGUCGGACAGACAGUUGCUUCUCAUAAAGCAACAGGAUGAAGAAUUGGACGAGCUUAGCGCAAGUGUGGAAAGAAUUGGAGGUGUUGGGCUUACAAUACAUGAAGAACUCCUUUCACAGGAGAGAAUACUGGAUGAAUUGGGGACCGAGAUGGAUAGUACAUCAAAUCGUCUUGAUUUUGUUCAGAAAAAAGUGGCUAUGGUUAUGAAGAAGACUAGUGUGAAAGGACAGAUCAUGAUGAUAUUCUUCCUAAUUGUUUUGUUCAUAAUUUUAUUUGUUUUGACUAAAGAAUCAAGGUAUCAGUUGCUGGUUUUUGCAAAGAUGGAUGGCCAUGUCCUUGCAAGGGCAGCGGUGUUCACAAUGAUUCUUUGUAUGGGGGUGCCAGUUAAAGUUGUGGGUAGAAAUGUUUCUUCGUCGAAACAGGCUGUGAUCAAUAUUGGAGCUCUGUUUACUGUAAAUUCAGUGAUUGGUAGGUCGGUGAAACCAGCAAUUAAAGCUGCUGUAGAUGAUGUGAACUCUGAUUCAAGCAUUCUUCAAGGAAAGCACCUGAACCUGAUUAUGAGCGAUACUAACUGCAGUGGGUUUCUAGGCACUGUUGAAGCUUUGCAGCUGAUGGUAAAUGAUGUAGUUGCUGCAAUUGGUCCACAGUCAUCUGGAAUAGCUCAUAUUAUAUCACAUGUCGUGAAUGAACUUCAUGUACCUCUUCUAUCAUUUGGAGCCACUGACCCCACUCUUUCUGCCUUACAAUUUCCAUAUUUCCUUCGUACUACGCAGAGUGAUUAUUUUCAGAUGCAGGCAAUAGCUGAUUUGGUUGAAUAUUAUAAAUGGAGAGAAGUAAUAGCCAUCUUUGUUGAUGACGAUUAUGGUAGGAACGGAAUCUCUGCACUUGGUGACGCACUAGCAAAGAAUCGUGCGUCGAUCGCUUACAAGGCCGCCUUUACGCCAGGAGCCCCGAUAAGUGACAUCAAUGAUUUAUUAGUUGGAGUGAAUCUGAUGGAGUCUAGGGUGUAUGUCGUACAUGUAAAUCCUGACUCCGGUCUUAGAGUAUUUGACGUAGCAAAUCAUCUUGGGAUGAUGACCAGUGGCUAUGUUUGGAUUGCUACAGAUUGGCUUUCUUCUGUUAUGGAUUCAUCAGGAACAAUGGAUCCUGAUGAAAUGGAUCUUUUACAGGGAGUUGUCGUGCUUCGCCAUCACACUCCGGAUUCCAAUUCUAAAAAGAAGUUUUCAUCUAGGUGGAACCAAAUUAAAGAUAAGGAAACUUCUAGCUUUAACCCUUAUGCACUGUAUGCUUAUGAUUCUGUUUGGUUACUUUCCCGUGCUCUUGAUGUUCUGCUUAGUGAAGGUGAAAAUAUAUCUUUUUCCUAUGACCCCAAGUUAAAAGAAACAAAAGGAAGCACUCUACAUUUGUCAACACUUCGUAGCUUUGAUCAGGGUGAUAAACUACUUCGCAUACUUACAACAAUGAACUUCACAGGUCUAAGUGGUCAAAUUGAAUUUGAUCAAGACCGGAAUUUGAUUCAUCCAGCAUAUGAAAUUCUUAACAUUGGUGGCACAGGUUCACGCAGAAUAGGUUACUGGUCAAAUCAAUCUCAUCUUUCUGUCACAGCUCCUGGAAGUUCAUAUAUGAAGCCUUUAAACAAUUCCGCUAAAGAUCAAAAACUAUAUGAUGUAAUAUGGCCUGGUGAGACUGUUAAAGUUCCUAAGGGUUGGGUCUUCCCAAACAAUGGUAAAGCUUUGCAAAUUGCAGUUCCUUAUCGAGUAACAUACAAAGAAUUCGGUACAAGAGACAAAGGUCCUAUUGGAGUCAGAGGAUACUGUAUUGACGUCUUUGAAGCUGCAGUGGACCUGUUGCCUUAUCCUGUUCCUCGCACAUACAUACUAUAUGGAGAUGGUCAAAGAAACCCUAGCUUCAGUGAUCUUGUUCUUGAUGUUUCUCAACAUAAAUAUGAUGCAGCUGUCGGAGAUGUUACCAUUGUCACAAAUAGGACAAGGAUCGUGGACUUCACACAGCCUUUUAUGGAAUCUGGACUUGUCGUAGUUGUUCCAGUCAAUAAAGUAAAAUCUUCUGCUUGGGCUUUCCUUAAACCAUUUAGUUGGGAAAUGUGGAGUGUCACAGGUGCUUUCUUUCUUUUUGUUGGAGCUGUUGUUUGGAUUCUUGAGCAUCGCGAGAAUCAUGAGUUCCGUGGCACUCCCCGACAACAACUCAUUACAGUCUUUUGGUUUAGUUUCUCCACUAUGUUUUUUGCUCAUAGAGAGAACACCGUCAGCACUAUGGGGCGCAUGGUGCUUAUUUUAUGGCUAUUUGUAGUGUUGAUUAUCAAUUCGAGCUACACAGCUAGUUUGACAUCAAUCCUCACAGUGCAGCAGUUAUCGUCACAGAUUGAAGGGAUAGACAGUUUAGCCAAGAGCAAUGUACCAAUUGGAGUUCAAGAUGGAUCAUUUGCAUUAAAUUAUUUGAUUGACGAGCUUCAGAUAGCUGCGUCGAGGAUAAAAAUUAUGAAAACUCAGGAUGAUUAUAUUGAUGAGCUUCGUAAAGGUCCAAAAGGUGGGGGUGUUGCUGCUAUUGUCGACGAGCUUCCUUACGUUGAGCUCUUCUUGUCUAAUGUGAACUGUGAAUUCAGGAUAGUAGGACAGGAAUUUACAAGAAGCGGAUGGGGAUUUGCAUUCCAGAGGGACUCUCCUCUUGCAGUCGACUUAUCGACUGCAAUUCUUCAACUAUCAGAAAAUGGCGAUCUGCAAAGAAUCCACGACAAAUGGCUGUCAAAAAACUCUUGCUCUGCACAAGGCAAUCAAGUUGACGACAGCCGGCUCUCUCUAACCAGCUUCUGGGGGCUAUUCCUCAUCUGUGGUGUGGCCUGCUUUAUUUCUCUUACCGUAUUUUUCUUUAGAGUUUACUUUCAGUAUCGUAGAUAUAUCCCAGAAGACGAGGAGAACGGAUUUGAGGACCCUGAAUCUGUAAGCAGUGAUAAACGGCCCUCUCGGGGUACUAGCUUUAAAAAGUUUGUGGAUACGAAAGAAAUAGAGAUCAAGGAUAAGCUUAAGCGUAAGGGUAGUGAGAGCAAAAGCAAGCAACAAAUCAGCCAAAUUGCAGACGGGCAACUCAGCUCACCUUCCUGAAAUUUUUUUGGAUGCUCCUGCAUUUGUAUAUGAAUAUGAUCAACACAAGUGUCACAGAUUUAUAAUUCUUAUAACUAAUAUACAUAGGAUUAUAUGGCAAAAGUUUAGUAGCCAGCAUUGUGGGAGCUAGAGUAUAACUCUACAUUUUGAGUUUCUUCAACUGCCAAUUGCAGAAUGUAUCAAUAUUUCCAUUAGGGCAGGUCCUAAAUGUGCUUUUGAGUCAUGUCUCUCUUCACUCUGCUGUUUAACACAAAACACAAGUGAUGAAAAUAUUUGAACUGGAAUUAGCUGAUUA